AGCACUAAAUAUCGUUGACUAUCACGUAUACUCGGAUUAUUCAUGUGUGUCUAUCGGAAACUUAUUCAAACUGUGUCAGCGGUCAUUACACAUUCAUCCAAUUUAUUUUGGAAAGAUUUGAAAGGAUCCUAGUAUUUUACAAUGAAGUUUGAGGUCACUGUAUAUAUAAAACGACUUCUGAGUAUCGCCAAGUCACCACCAGGUAUUGUCUUUAUACUAUGUGUGUAUACUUUCACGAGUGCUGCUGUUUACAUGAACAUUGAAGAUCAUAGAAGAAAUAGCAACGAAAAUCAAUGUGAGGAAGAUAAUACGUUGAAUUACUGGGAAACGCUUUUCUUCUUUGUUGCAAUGAUAACAACAAUAGGAUAUGGUCAUAUUACUCCUCAUACUAUACCAGGAAAAGUAUUUGUUAUGACCUAUUCAGCAAUAGGCAUACCACUAACUGCUCUAAUCAUUACCGACUUUGGCAAGAGACUAUCCACCUUUGUCACACGUGUGUGUCUUCUUAUGCGGAAUCGAUCCCAGGAGCGAAUUGCACGAAAAAGACGCAGUUUACAAAAAGAUGACAAAAUGAAUAUCUUAAUGGAAACCGAAACAUAUGAAAAUACAGUGUUGAAAGAUUAUGAGGGAUCCAUUAUUCCUCUUAUAAUAUCAAUGGCGGUUUUAGUAGUUUAUAUUCUAAUGGGAAGCGUAAUCUAUUCGUCUUUUACAAACGUGAGCUACGUUGAUGCUGUAUAUAUGGUAUUUUCAUUACUUAGUACCAUUGGUGCCCGUACAACUCUACCAUCUGAUAGUACAUAUUAUAUUGGAUCGGUCAUCUAUAUUCUUAUUGGAUUGACAAUAUUGUCGAUGUGUGUUUAUGCGGCACUCCAAUACAAUAAUGUGAAAUCUCAAUCUACUGAACAUUUAGAACGAAAAGAAAAUAAUGCAAAUGUUGAGCAGUAUCAAAAUUAAAAUAUGUUUUAAAUCAA